GGUUGCGUGCUCGCCGCCAGUCGGCAUCUUUUAUCGUGGUUUUGGACCGAAUGAGCACCCGGAAGGUAAGCGAAAGCAUCCGAUGUGUGUCGGCAUAUAACCAACCCCCCUUUCGAAUAGAUUUCGCUUCACGGCAACGGUCGAUUGACGAAUGGGACCGACGGAGGAACGGCGAGGAAAAAAGCUUCCCAAGCCAGAAACGGAACGCAAAAAGAAAGCCGCGCCAAGAGGGGUCGGAGCGACCCCUUUUUUAAACUCUUUCGAUUCCGCCGCGGAAGAGCAAAAAACUGGUCUUCGAUGCGAAAAUCUUCCGGUGUUGCUCCAUUUUUCACCAACGGAGAUCCAGUGUCGGAACGGCCAGGUCCACCGAAAGCCAUCUUCCGGACUGGGCGUUCAUCGAGCUUGGCGAAAGAAAGCGGGUCGACGAUUCAGGGUGCAUGUGGUAGUCCUGAAAGCAGAAAAUCGUUUCCCGCGACGUUCGGACUUUCCCGAGAGAUCCACGUGGUGCAGGAGGUCAGCACUCAGACCGAGCGGUAGCAUGGCAGUGAUGGUAGCGCGGGGAGGUUUGUGCAACAGCAAACCAAACCGUGUUGCUCCAACGAGCAGUCGACGAAGGAGGAACCGUGGUGUAGGAACACCGCCAAAGUUCGAGCCGAAUGGGUUCGGUGGUGCAAAACACCGCGAGUGAUGAGUCUCACGGGUACGGUGGUGCAAAACUCCACCAUGUCACGAAUCGAGCCGAUCAGGAGACGGAUCCCGAAUCGACGGCUAAAGCAGCCCAGGUCGAUGGUUGAUGCGGCGCGGGGAGGUCCAUCCGAACCGUGGUGCUCAAAACGAAAUCGAGCUAGUGCGUGGGCGAUGCACAACAGUGUGCGUGAGUCUCAUCCGCAGGGAUUGAAAUGCUCUUGCUCAAGCGGCUGAGCAUCAAAGCUCUUGAAGCUCAAUAGCGAAGAAAGUUGGAGCCAAUUCUAGCCCACCAAUAAAUGCUCAA